UGGCGCUACAUGACGUUGUUCUUGGAAUGUUGUGAUUUAUUCAAAAUCCAUGUGUUUUUAUAUGAAAAUUACCAAAAAGUAGUGUGAAUAAUUGUCUUACAAUGGAGGUAGAAACGGAAAACACCGAAAAAGUGGAGUCUUUUAUUGUAAAGGCUACGGAUGUGCCUUCCGAAUUUUUCGAAGCCCGUGACAAUGCCAAACGUUAUUUUCGUCGUUUUGGAAAGGUUAAACUCGUCACAUUUCGCCCAAAACGUAAUACUCUUCUGAUCGAAUACGCGAACGAAGACGGGAUGUUAAAUGCCUUAGAAGUCGCAGGAGAAUACAACGGUCAUGUAUUCAACGUAACUCGAGACACGGAAACUGUCGUUAAAAAAAAGAGACCUAAGAAAAAUCCAGACCCGGAUUGGACAGACGAUCCGGAAAUUAAAGCUGAACUAGUUGCAAUGGGGGGCUUUGCCCCCCGGACUUAUGAUCUGAGACCUGAAGCCAUGGCUGUGGACGUCCCUGAAACACAAGUACCAAAGUUGAAACGGCAACGUUGGAAGGGGGCUUCACCAAAGCCACAGAAAAAGAAAGGUAGUCUCAGUUUUAGUUCAGAGCAAUGUGAUUUAAUCAAUUUAAUUAGACAACAAGCGACGACAGUCGAGGAUAAGUUUCGGAUUCUCGAUGCUCGGGACAAAUUAAUACGAAUUAAAAUAAAGAAAAACAUUGAAUUGAGUAAAGCUUCAAUUACUGUGGGCACUUGCCCGGACAUGUGCCCCGAAAAGGAACGUUUGAUGCGCGAAACGCAACACCAAGUGGCGCUUUACGAACAAGAUGUUGGGGGCAAAGGAAUGAACCCCCGACUUGCCGUCAAGCAAUACUCGCGAAGCUCGGCCGAUCAGGAAGCCCCCUUGCCCCAGGAAUUACGACCAGUGUCUGUCUUACAAAUGACAAUGGGGUAUCUCAUGCACAGAAUUAUGGGCCUUUGUGACACCACUGAUGUGAAUUUAGCUGAAUGGUAUCAUUUUUUAUGGGACCGGACUAGGGGGAUUCGUAAAGACAUAACUCAACAAGAGUUGUGUUGUCAGGGAGCAGUGGAAUUGGUCGAACAAUGUGCCAGGUUUCAUAUUUUUUGUUCUGCAAGAUUGGUAGCGGAAGAUCCUUCUGUUUUCGACCAGAAGAUUAAUACCGAAAAUUUGACCAAGUGUCUUCAGACGCUGAAAUAUAUGUAUCAUGAUUUGGCGCUGAAGGGGGAGGAAUGUAGGAAUGAGGCGGAGUUUAGAGCGUAUAUUAUUUUGCUCAAUUUGAACGAUGGGAAUUUUAUGUGGGAGGUCCAACAACUCAAAGAGCACAUCCAACAAUCGCAAGAAGUUCGCUUCGCCUUGCAGGUCUACUCAUCGUUGGACAAACAAAACUACGUGAAAUUUUUCAAAUUAGUCAACUCGACAACAUUCCUUAAUGCUUGUAUCUUAAUGCGCUAUUUUAUCCAAGUUAGAUUAUGGGCCAUAAAAACUUUUUUAAAAUCGUAUUCACCUCGGAUAUCACAAACGUCACUUCCGGUCUCAUACUUGACAAAAAUCUUGGCUUUUGAAAAUCAAGAUUCAUCAAUUGAGUUUUUCGAAACUUAUGGCUUAUUCACAAAUGUUGAUCGAACUAGAAUUGUUUUAGACAAAUCGAAUUUCGGUGCUCCGGAAUUCCCCUAUGUGUUAGAUCGUGCUAUAAAUCUAGUGGAAUCUAAACGAAAUUUUUCGGUUGGUAGAAUCGUUUGUGGUAGGGAAUUACCACCGAAACUGUUUGAAAAUCACGAACCGCAAAACAGUUUCGAUCAGAACGGAUACUUAGAUUUUGAUUUAGAGUUGGACGAAGUCGAUUCUGGGAAAAAACAAGAAAUCAGAAUAGAGGAGAAAAUGGAACAAGUUGUUGAAACACCUCCACCUCGAAUUUUCAGUCCCAAGACAGUUCAGUCUAGUCAGAGUCAAACGAUUUUUAGUCAAAGUAAGCCAAGUGUGGCGAUUUUCGGUCAAAAAACAAACGAAAAUAGUAUUUUUGGGGGAAAGUCUGCACAAAAGAAUAUCUUCACUAACGUAAAUACCACUCCUAAAAGUAUUUUCGGUGGAGAAAUAACACAGUUAGCACCACCUGUAGUCGUACCUGAAGUUCCGAAAAUCUCACUGGAAGAAAUUGAAAGAAAACGACUUGAAGGCGAAGAAGAAGCUAAACGGAAAAUAGAACAAGAAACUAAACGGAGAAAAGAACAAGAAUUGGAGAGACUUAGACUGGAAGAAGAAAAACGCAAAGAGGAGGAACGCCACCGCAAGCUUUUAGAAGAUCAAGAGAAGAAACGCCGACUCGAAGAAGUACGAAAAUUCGAAGAAAUGAAACGUCAAAUGGAACAAGAAGCGAAACGAAAACAAGAGAGACGCAAAUAUAUUGAGAUCAAAGCAACCGUCAGUAAUGUCAUUAGUGAGAUUUUAGAUACGGUUGAGGAAAAAAUCAAGUGUGAAACUCUAGUGGAAAUUAGGAGGAAAAUCCGUGAUCGAAAAUUACAAAAUGUGAUAACAAAAUGGCGGGAAUAUUCUCGUCGGAAACGGAAACGCAAGGCUCUUGAUUUUAAUCCAAUGUGGUUUGGAGGACGAUCAAUCACGGAAGAAGUUCGCGAGUUGCGAACCGACAGCCAAAACCUUGUUUUAACCAAUAACAACAAGAGAUACAAAUGGGGAAAACCUUUUGACAUUCCGAUUAAAGAUGACGAUGUUGGCAAAAUUGACUUGUCAGAAUUGACGUAUAAGUUAUUAACUAAAAAAUAUUGGGAUGUUGAAAUGAAGUUUCACAAUGAACUGUUUUGGAAAGUAAUCGUUUCGUUACCGAACGAUUUGACACAUGUCGAGAAAGUUUUGGACAGUUGUAUAAAUUGGCAACAGCGCGAUAAUUCAUCUGUUUUGAUCCAACAGUCGAAAUCGGUGCCUACUGUGACAUAUUGUAUUGAAAAACAAAAAGGUCUUGCCGUAAACACUCGAAAUGACACGAAUGGAUUCAUUUUCAUCGCCAACUGUUUUAAUGACGAUAUCUGGCGACGUAUCAUUGCCAAUUUUAAAAAUUACGGCGUUUUUGUUAAGGUUCCAGUGGUUUUAAUAUUGCAAAAUUAUGACGAGGCGAAGCCGAGUCUGAAAACUCUCAUUCAGGAAGGGAUAAUUUCCGAUUAUUUGAUACUUGUUGAUAAGUUUACGGCUCGAAAUCUUGUGAAUCUAGUCGAAGAAGCUUUGAUUUUUCUUUCGACAAGGGUCGAAAAGGCCCCACCAUUGGAAAUGGACACUUUGCAAUCAUUUUUGACGAAAUUUUUGAUCACGGAUUUGUGGAAACGUUGCAAUAGUUUUGCAAAGUGGAAUUCAAAUUAUAAAAAUUGUUUGAAAAAUCCUAACACUGUGAUUUAUCUUCACAACGAGGCUUUGGAUCGUAUUAAAACUAUUCUUUUAGAUGAGGAGUGUCGCGAAUAUCCUAAAUUUCCGCGAAUUUUUCGGGAAUUGCUCAGAAGUGAAAUCCCGGAUUCGCUUCCAUGUGACUACAAAUAUUUCCCUAGUUUUUGGGAUACUGACACUUAUUUGGAGUAUUUGAGGUCGGUUUUAGGAACUUUUAGACUUCCAAAUUUUUUGGAGAAUUGGCCACCUUGUAACCAGCUACAGCUCGAAUUAUCCGUUUCAAAAUACUGCGCUCAGGUCGUUAAAGACCCACAAAAAUUAUUUUACAAAGUUAUGAGUGUUAUAUUGCGGUAUUUUGAUCCGUGUUCUGAUUUUAAAGAGAUUGCUAAUGUGGUUUGGUGCGAUGUUAUAGAGGUGGUAGUACUGGAAAAGUUAAGCCAGACUGAUUUCACAUUGUAUGGGACUGGAUUUGUCAAUAAAUCGGUUUAUAAUCAGUUAAUUGUGGUCUAUGAUGUUGGUAAACUUGAUUAUGUGAAAAGUGAUUGGUUUUAUAUUAAUAAUCCGAUUGUUAAGCAAAAAAUAUUCGAAUUCUUGCAACAGAAGGAUGAAACUGUGAAAACGAAAAUCGAUGUUACCGACUUGGACAUUGAUGCGAUUUUCACAAAGAUUACUCAACCACAAAAGCAAAAUGUAACUAAAAUUAAGAGCGAAUUGAGCACAUGUAAAAAAUUGUUGACUGAUUUGGAGGAAAGUGUUUUAAUACAUAAGGAGAUUUUAAAAAAGUCCGGGAAUAUUUUGAAAAGUAUUAUGGAGGAAAAGUGAUGUAAUAAAUUAACAAUUAAACAUGAA